AUGUCUAGUUGUCAAUCAAAUAGUGCUACCUCUACGGCAUUUGCUCCUGCUAGAUCAGAGGAUCCAGCAUGGUCCCAUGCACGUGUAGUGCCAGGAGCAAGAAAUAGUACUCAAUGUCUUUAUUGUAGCAAAAUCAUUAGAGGUGGCGGAGUCACGAGGUUGAAGUAUCAUCUAGGUGGGAUUUCAGGUGAUGUAGAAGCAUGUAAAAAAGUCCCUGAUGAUAUAAAAUCGCAAAUGAAAGAGUUGGUUAAUGAAAUGAAAAAAAACAAAGAGAAGAAAAGAAAACUAAGUUUAGAGAUUGGAUGUGGAAGCCCUGUAGAUUUAACAUAUGAUGAUGUUGAUGUUGGUGAUGAUGAGUAUGAGGGAGGGAGUCAAGGACCCGUUCAUGAUUCAAAGGGGAAGGGGAAGGAGAAAGUAGGUGGAAAGUCAACGGGGCCAUUUAGCAGAUUUUUUGCUCCAAGAACAAGUCCUGGCUCUCAACCUUCUAUUAAGAGUGCUAUGUGUUCAAAGGAAAUGAUUGACAAAGCAAAAAUGGCUAUAGCAAAUUGGUGGUAUGAUGCUAAUUUACCUUUCAAUGCAUCUCAAUCUAAAUUUUAUCAACCAGCUAUAGAUGCUAUAGCUGCCAUCGGGCCAGGAUUCAAGGGUCCUUCUUUACAUGAGUUGAGAGGAAAUUUGUUGAAGAAUUCUGUGACUGAGGUUCAGAAUUAUCUCUUAGAUAUUAAAACAUCUUGGAGGGAUAGUGGUUGUUCACUAAUGGCAGAUGGUUGGACAAAUCAGAGGCAACAACCAAUAAUUAACUUUUUGGUUUAUUGCCCAAAAGGUACAAUAUUUUUGAAGUCUAUUGAUACAUCGGGCCUUAGAAAAGAUGCUGAAACAUUAUUUAAAAUUUUUGAUGAAGUUGUUCAAGAAGUUGGGGUGGAGAAUAUUGUGCAAUUCAUAACAGACAAUGAUGCGAGUUAUAAGGCUGCAGGAAAAAAAUUACAGCAAAAGUAUGGCUCUUUGUUUUGGUCCCCUUGUGCAGCUCAUUGUAUAGAUUUGAUGUUAGAGAACUUUUGUGAUCCCAGACAUUUUCCUAUUAUUGAUGAAACUAUAAAGAAGGCAAGGAAGAUAACGAAAUUCAUUUAUAACCAUGCUUGGGUUUUGGCUUUGAUGAGAAAGGAUUUCACCAAAGGUCAUGAUUUAUGUCGCCCUGCAGUCACAAGGUUUGCUACAAAUUUUUUAAGUAUCCAAUGCUUACUGUUGUUUAAGAAAGAGCUUCGACAAAUGUUCACUUGUGAUAAGUGGAUUGUAUCAAGUUACUCUAAAAGCAACAUAGGGAAGGAGAUAGCUGAGAUUGUUCUAGAAGAUAGAGAGUUUUGGGCUCAAUGUCAGUUUAUUGUAACAAUCAGCGAGCCUUUGGUUCGAGUACUACGACUUGUCGAUGGGGAUGAGAAGCCUGCAAUGGGAUACUUGUACAAUGCAAUGGAGAAAGCCAAAGAGAAUAUAAAAGCAAGAUUGAAGAACAAAGUUUCUGCAUUUAUGCCAUUCAUUAGGGUCAUUGAUGCUAGGUGGGAUAAGCAGCUUCAUAGUCCAUUACAUGCAGCAGGUUGUCUUCUUAAUCCUGGAAUUUACUUUAACCCUUGCUUUAAAAGUAGAAAUGAUGUUUCUAGAGGGUUUACGACUUGCGUUGUAAAGAUGGAACCUGAUAUUGAUAAGCAAGAUGAGAUCAUUCAACAAAUUGACAUGUAUAAGAAUGCAAACGGUGAUUUUGGACAACCUAUAGCAAUACGCCAGCGUGAAAAAAGUAAUCCAGUUGCAUGGUGGAGUACUUUUGGAAAUGAGUUUCCAGCUCUUCAAACGUUUGCAAUCCGCAUAUUAAGUCAAUGUUGUAGUGCAACUGGUUGUGAAAGAAAUUGGAGUACAUUUGAAUUUAUUCAUUCAAAGAAGAGGAAUAGAUUAGAGCAUAAACGUUUGAAUGAUUUAGUAUUUGUUCGUUAUAACUUGAAGCUCCGUGAGAGAAACAUAAAGAGGGGAAGAGAUGCUUUGGAUCCAAUCAAUCUUGAGAAUAUUGACUUGAUGGAGGAAUGGGUAGGUGAAGAAUCAGAGCUUAUUGAUGGAGAAGACUUGGAUUGGGGAAGUAUUGAGGAGCCAUUAGCCUCACAAAAUUUGGAAGAAGGUGUUAAUGUUGGUCUUGAUAUUGAUGAUGAUGGUGGUGACAAUGACAUUGACGAAAAUAUUUUGAGUAGCUUUGCUAAUGUUGAUCCUUUUUGUCUUAUUGAUGAAAAUGAAUGAUUACAGUUGGAUUGAGAACUUAUGAUAUUUUAUUUAGUUUUAUAAAUGUGUGUUUAAGACUUGUAUUCACUAUGGAGAAAUAUUAUU